AUGACAAGAGCGCAGUCCUCAACAGACAAUCCCAUGCCUCGGCCUUGUCUGCACUCGUCUCAUACAAUCGCGCCCGCCGACAGCCAUCCACCUGGCAGCGACAGCACCGACAAUGCCGAGCUUAAAGGGCGGAGCUCGAGCGCCGAAGCGAGCACGAGCAUGCCUAGCCGGGCAGAUCAGCCUGGUACUUUACUGACCCAUCAAUGUCACAGAAAGCACGAAUGCGAGGGGAAUCGGCCUCGAUGUUCGCAGUGCUUUCGUCUCGGGCAGCGGUGCGAAUAUCCCACCUUUCGGCAGGCCGAGCCCCAGUCCCAGCCCAAGCCCCUGCAAGACUCCGAGGCGUCAACAUGGGCAACUGCAAAGAUACAAAGACUACAUGAAUCAUCUACGGAAGAGUGGCCGCCCGAGCACUUGACGAGCCACGUGAGCCCGUACCCAGCAUUCGUUCCCAACAGACAGCCGACUCGUCGCUCGGCUGGGCUCGCCUCGGGGCAUGAGUACCCGUUCGAGUUUUCGGAGAGGAUCGCCUUCGUCAAUCAAGCCCGUGAACAAGACAAGUUCCUGUACCUCCUCAGGUGUGAACUUGAGGGACUCGAUCGCGAACACAUAUGGGACAUAAUUGUGGAAGAAUACGCCAAGAAGUAUAGUCGAAAACGUAAAGCUACACUACAGAUGCAGCUGAACCGAUAUCUGGCAAAAUCGCAGAGGGCGCUCGAAAACGCUACGGCAACAACGAGCGACCAGCAAAACAGGCAGCAGCAGCAAAAUGGAAAACGAAGGCGGCCCAGCACAGGUGAUGGGGGCGAGAUGCAGUCUAUGCAGCCGGAAGACAAGCAGAGCCAUCGCAAGAUACAGAAAGAAACAGAGAUCAUGGCGGCAUCGAUGCAGCAGUCUUCAGUCCAGAUCGACUGGGCAGAUGAACAGGACCAUUGGGAGACCGAGGACCAGAUGUUUGGCGAGAUGGUCGUUGAGACGCAAUCGAUGACGUCGGAUGUAUAUCGACUUGAGCCUCACAUCGGCAAUUACACAUCUCCAUCUGACAUGAUACGACAUCAGGGUCAAUCAUCAGGACUGGUGCUGGAUCAUUUACGUCCAUAUUCAACACAGGACAGUUCAGGCGGUAUAUAUGCUGAGAGAUCUGCGCCACCGUCCCGCUCACGACCUACGGCGGAGUCGCCCAAAACAACAUCGCCUGGUCCCAACUCAGCAUUCGCCACAAUGGACGCAGUGCGGAAAUUCCCGAACGUCACCUUUGGCACUAUCAGUGAACGCCCCCAGUCAAACUCUGAUACAAGUUCCGACCUCGAUUCAGAUUCUGCCUCUGAUUGUGAUGAUCUGUUCUCACGGUAUUCCGCCUCUACCGUGCCUACCGAAGCCGAGUUCAAGGUUUCCAAUCUAGGCGCGAUAUAUCUAAACUUCACCGAUCUUCUCUUCCAGGACAAGCAUGUCACACAAGCCAUACUUGUAGUACUGGGCAAGGAAAAGUCUUUUAUUGUCAAGCAGCGGAUAAGAUCCAUGCUGAAAGGCUUCGUGGACGUACUACAGGUGGAAAUCCCGAGCGAGGACGCCGACAUGGCUGCACUGUUCCGUGGUAGAACACAAAUUUUCGCUUCUGAAAUCGUUCGAAAGGGGCAUUCUAUUGCUUUGAAGGAUGAGUCGAAACGUGGGGGCGAAGCAAGCUCUGAGUCCGACUUGUCAGAGGAUCAUACAUAUGAGGAAGAUCAGGACGGAGAUCAAAGCGACGACGAUGACGGAACCGACAGACUGCAUACAGAAGCCAUUGAUCCGAUCAAGUUCUUAUCGAUUGUGGGGUCCAGCAAUGCAUUCCAACAGUUACUCGAUCAGAUCUAUGACUAUGGGUUUCCGUCGCUGAAAGCCAGGCUCCAGCGCUUGUGUCCUCGGCUUCGCCGGGGUGAGCCGAACGCGGAGAGGAUCCUUAGCGAAAUGAUGUAUUCGCAGCCAUCGGUUCUCCUUGCCAAUACUAAGCAGCCAGGUCAUACAGACAUUCUCAAGUCGGCUGUAGAGACGAUGACAGGCGGUGCGUGGGACUGGUGGCCACUCGCACCAGUGAUGAAAAGCCUUUCUGAAAAGCAAGUUCGGAUCGAGUGGCGAUGUCGUUGCGGCCGAUUGAGAACCGAAGUUGUCGCGCGACGCUUUGGCAAGGCACUCGAGCGCGUGAUUGCAAAUGCGGCAGCGGAUCUUGAGAGCGUACCUAAUCGCACGAGGCCGAACAAGAUCAUGGCCGUACAAUCAGGUGGAACAUCGACACCCCGUCAGGGGGGUACUGCCGCGCCCAAACACAGACCAAACAGACUCAGGCAGCAGGCAUGGGCCGACUUUGGUACAGAGCAAGACGACAAACGAGACGAAGAUCAGGAUGAGCGGCUCGCACCGCCGGCCGCGAAUCAGCAUGGACAGAUGUUGCCCGCCACGGCGCCUAGAGCCAUAUUCUUCAUGGUCCAUAAUUCGAGCAUUCUGCCGUGGAAUGUCAGACUGCGCCAGAGCGUUAUCCACACGAAAGAGUUAUGCGACGAGAGAUUCUAUCACAACAUGCGUUGGGAGUUCUGGAGACACCGAGGGUGGCUGAAGAGUUUAUUCAGCCUUGACACUUUUGCAGGAUGUGACUUCUACCAGUUCAAACGUUACGGCAAGGACAAGUAUCAUGAGGCCGUCGAAGGUCUACCCGACAACAUUGACGAAUAUCUCUAUCUUAAACAAGAGCUGAGACCACAAGUCUGCUGGGAAGAGUUCCGCGAUGGUUAUUGGAACUGGAGCAACCACUGUGACGUCCAGCAGUGUUCGACUGAAAGCGUUGUUGUCCGAAUUCCUAAGAAGAAGCUCGACCGAGGUUCCGACUCGGGACAAGACAAACGCAUUGACGUGAUUUGGGGUAUUGUCGCACGGACAGAGCGGGCGUUCUACGUGGCUGCCAUCUACAUCGCCCUUGCCGCAUCGCCGCUCAUACCUGCAACGUGGUUCUUCUUCAAGUGGCUAUCGCCGCCAGUGGACGGGACCAUGGACGAGUAUCAACUCGCGAACCAUAGGGACAACCUGUCCAAUGCCUUCGUUCCUCUGGGUAUAUCGCUUGCGCUGCUGAUGACGGUGGUUACUUGUGUGUUUUCAAAGUUUGACUAAGGAUCGUAUAGAUCGGGACUGAGUUUGAGAGACUGUCGAGAAGGGUCCGCUUGUUGUUACUGCUGAUCCAUGCAUUCAGCGCCUGCUGCGAUGAUAACGACGUCAUUGGAUAGAGAACAUAAGAAGCGUACUUGGAUAACGCUGAAGAACAGAAUCA